ACUGGAGGCCAGUAAUGCAUCUCAUCCGAAAAUCUUCUGAGUCCGGAACACAAGCUCAAACAGCCCAGUCAAAUCAGUUCAGUCCGCCAUAUAAAUCUAGAUUUAUAUAGCCCAUGACAAUGUGUGCACUUUUAUAUUGUGUUCAAAUUUCGAGAGAGCGUACGCGAAGAACUAUUCCGAAGUCGCACGAAAGUUGAUAGAGUGCAUUUGUCGGCGAAGCGCCAGUAGAGACCCGUGUUGAUUUAUAUGAUCAAUUAAAUAAUAUACAUUUUAAUAUUUUAUAUUAUCCCCUUUGUGCUGCAAUCUCGCACGUGCCGAGUAGAAAAGAGAUUCAAGAAUCCCCGUCGGAUUCAUUCAUCGGUGUGAUAUCGUGGAGGCAACAUGGUUUAUGAAACGUCAUAUGCUUCUGGGACGAAGCCUUUUUCUCCGGAUCCUAAGCGAGGGAAAUGGGAUAAACCCACCGACUACAUAUUUGCCUGCUUCGUAUUGGCACUAAAUUUGGAUAUCUUCGAGAUCUCGUACUGGUUCUUUUUCAAUAUCGGCUUUGUUGGUAUGCUGCCGUAUUUUUUGUAUAUGGUGAUCUACUUGGUACCAAUCCUGGUCGUUCAUUCCUUCAUGGGACAGUUCUCCAGCAGUGGUUUCAUCGCGGCCUUUCGACUGGCUCCUCUUUUUAAGGGCAUGGAUUAUGUUAGCGUUUUUCUGACCUUUAGCACGCUAAUUUACUACAGCAUGUUUGUUGCCAUUCCACUGCUCUUCAUCAUGAAUUCUUUUCGACCCACUUUGCCUUGGAGUUGCGAAGGACUAAAGUCGUGGCACAAUCGAACUGAUGAAUAUCCAACACUUUGUCAUCCGUCAAUAUACAAACAGCACAAAAACUUCACAUUAGGUGUUGAACCACCAUCGCGUCUUUAUUUUGAUUAUCUUCGUCAGGAUUAUUUUAACGCGGAUAAAAGGUUCGCAUCACGUCCUUUACUCGGCCUACUCGACUGGGGCAGUGUAAUAGCCCUGUCCAGUUUUAACGGAUUUAAGACUGGCAUCAUGUCGUAUAGUUGGAUUAUUUCGUUUGGUCAGAUCUUCAUUUACAUUAUGUUUGGCUUGGUUUCCUUUAUGUUGGAACAAUAUUGAUUGUACUAUGUACAUUCUGCUUAUUAACUUUUAUACAAAUUUACAUAUUUUUUAAUAAUUUUGCAGGCAACUCAACUCUUUACAGUCCUGCAAAGUUUAUUUGACGAGUUUGAAACGCUUAAAGAAAGAAAACAGAAAGUUACUUUUGGCACAAUUUUUGGUCUUGCAAUCUGUUCUUUUUUCUUUUGCACCGAACAUGGUAGCUAUUACUUCGCCAUUUUGGGUGUUAAUAUCAUUUUUGCACACAGUUUGCUGCACUUACUGCUACUUUUGGUUGUCUUAUGGAUCUAUGGCCAAAAACGCUUCCAGCGGGAUAUUGAGUUCAUGUUGGGCCAGCCCUUUGCCUCCUGGAAAGUUUUUAUACUCCGCUAUACAGCUCCAAUAGUAUUUGUGAUAUGUCUGAUAUUGGGCAUAAUCGAGUGCAUACGAGGUCACUCCUUCUUUAAGGAAGUCUUUCUCGUACUAGGCAUUGUACUUGUUGUGUUACCCUUUCUGGCAAUACCUGGUUAUGCAUUUUACUACCUAAAACAGAGUCCUGGCACCUUUUUGGAGCGUCUAAAACGCUCCUGCCGACCCACAGAUUGGUAUCCGGUUGAUGUGAAACAUCCUCAGCAUUACGGGGAUCUCGUCGGAAACAUUGAGAUGACAGACCAUCUUUCUAAUGGUACCGAAAAGGAGAACUAGAGGAAAUAUUAAUUAAUGCAUAUAUA